GCGUAGAAAGUUUCCUUGACUCCUCCUCCCACCCCGCCGUGUCUCCCUCCCUUGCCAAGCCCAGCCUGUGAAACUGAAUAACGAAGAUCACUCAACAAUGCCUGCCCCUCUCUGACUGCACCGUCCCGCCGCCGCCGCUGCCGCCGCGCCCAAGCCAAGUAGAGCGGGGGCGGUUCCCACCGACGGCGCAGCCCUCGGGCCCGCCCGGGGACCAGGAGGUGAGCCGCGCGCUCACUGCAGUGUGCACCCGCCUGCCCGAGCGCCCGCCAGGUGCCCCCUCAGCCGCCGAGAUGCACAACCCGCCGGGACUCCUGACGCUGUGGCUUUGCGCGAUGCUGUGCGCCUGGGCGCUCGCGGGCAGCGACCCCCAGUCUAGCCCGGGGCGUCCUUCCUGCCCGGCUCCCUGCCAUUGCCAGGAGGAUGGCAUCAUGCUGUCAGCUGACUGCUCCGAGCUCGGGCUUUCAGUGGUGCCAGGGGACCUGGACCCCCUGACGGCUUACCUAGACCUCAGUAUGAACAACCUCACAGAGCUUCAGCCGGGUCUUUUCCGCCACCUGCGCUUCCUGGAGGAGCUGCGGCUCUCUGGGAACCAUCUCUCACACAUCCCGGGACAGGCAUUCUCCGGCCUCCACAGCCUGAAAAUCCUGAUGCUGCAGAGCAACCAGCUCCGAGGGAUCCCGGCAGAGGCACUGUGGGAGCUACCCAGCCUGCAGUCACUGCGCCUAGAUGCGAACCUCAUCUCCCUGGUUCCCGAGAGGAGCUUUGAGGGGCUGUCCUCUCUCCGGCACCUCUGGUUGGAUGACAACGCACUCACCGAGAUUCCUGUCAGAGCUCUCAACAACCUUCCUGCACUACAGGCCAUGACCCUGGCUCUCAACCACAUCCGCCGCAUCCCCGACUAUGCCUUCCAGAACCUCACCAGUCUUGUGGUGCUGCACCUGCAUAACAACCGCAUCCAGCAUGUGGGGACCCACAGCUUCGAGGGGCUGCAUAACCUGGAGACACUAGACCUGAACUAUAAUGAGCUGCAAGAAUUCCCCGUGGCCAUCCGGACCCUGGGCAGGCUGCAGGAACUGGGUUUCCACAAUAACAACAUCAAGGCUAUCCCAGAGAAGGCCUUCAUGGGCAACCCCCUUCUGCAGACAAUACAUUUUUAUGACAACCCAAUCCAGUUUGUGGGAAGGUCGGCGUUCCAGUACCUGUCUAAACUGCACACACUAUCCUUGAAUGGUGCCACUGACAUCCAGGAGUUCCCAGACCUCAAAGGCACCACUAGCCUGGAGAUCCUGACCCUGACCCGAGCAGGCAUCCGGCUGCUCCCACCGGGAAUGUGCCAACAGCUGCCUAGGCUCCGAAUCCUGGAGCUGUCCCAUAAUCAGAUUGAAGAGCUGCCCAGCCUGCACAGGUGUCAGAAGUUGGAGGAAAUUGGCCUCCAACACAACCGGAUCUGGAAAAUUGGUGCCGACACCUUCAGCCAGCUGAGCUCCUUACAAGCUUUAGACCUGAGCUGGAAUGCCAUCCGGGCCAUCCACCCUGAGGCCUUCUCAACCCUGCACUCAUUGGUUAAGCUGGACCUGACUGACAACCAGCUGACCACACUGCCCCUGGCUGGCCUAGGGGGCCUAAUGCACCUGAAGCUCAAAGGGAACCUGGCCCUGUCUCAGGCCUUCUCCAAGGACAGUUUCCCAAAACUGAGGAUCCUGGAGGUGCCCUAUGCCUACCAGUGCUGUGCCUAUGGCAUCUGUGCCAGCUUCUUCAAGACCUCUGCGCAGUGGCAGACCGAGGACUUUCACCUGGAGGAAGAAGAGGCACCAAAGAGGCCCUUGGGUCUCCUUGCUGGACAAGUUGAGAGCCACUAUGACCUAGACCUGGAUGAGCUCCAGCUGGAGAUGGAGGACUCAAAGCCACAACCCAGUGUCCAGUGUAGCCCUGUUCCAGGCCCAUUCAAGCCCUGCGAACAUCUCUUUGAGAGCUGGGGCAUCCGCCUUGCAGUGUGGGCCAUCGUGCUGCUCUCGGUACUCUGCAACGGGCUGGUGCUGCUGACAGUCUUUGCCGGCGGGCCCAGCCCGCUGUCCCCGGUCAAGCUUGUGGUAGGUGCAAUCGCAGGCGCCAACGCCUUGACUGGCAUUUCCUGCGGUCUCCUGGCCUCGGUGGACGCCUUGACCUUCGGCCAAUUCGCUGAGUACGGAGCCCGCUGGGAGAGCGGGCUAGGCUGCCAGGCUACGGGCUUCCUGGCCGUCCUGGGGUCGGAGGCGUCGGUGCUGCUGCUCACCCUGGCCGCGGUGCAGUGCAGCGUCUCCGUGACCUGCGUCCGGGCCUACGGGAAGGCGCCGUCGCCCGGCAGCGUGCGCGCAGGCGCACUGGGGUGCCUGGCGCUGGCCGGGCUGGCCGCCGCGCUGCCGCUGGCCUCGGUGGGGGAGUACGGCGCCUCCCCGCUCUGCCUACCCUACGCCCCGCCCGAGGGCCGGCCGGCCGCCCUGGGCUUCGCCGUGGCCCUGGUGAUGAUGAACUCGCUCUGCUUCCUGGUCGUAGCUGGCGCCUACAUCAAGCUCUACUGUGACCUGCCUCGGGGCGACUUCGAGGCCGUGUGGGACUGCGCCAUGGUGCGGCACGUGGCCUGGCUCAUCUUUACAGAUGGCCUCCUCUACUGCCCCGUGGCCUUCCUCAGUUUUGCCUCCAUGCUGGGCCUCUUCCCGGUCACCCCCGAGGCUGUCAAGUCUGUCCUUCUGGUGGUGCUGCCUCUGCCUGCCUGCCUCAACCCACUGCUCUACCUGCUCUUCAACCCUCACUUCAGGGAUGACCUUCGGAGGCUCUGGCCGAGCCCUCGGCCCACGGGACCCCUAGCCUACGCUGCAGCCGGUGAGCUGGAGAAGAGCUCCUGCGACUCCACCCAAGCGCUAGUGGCUUUCUCUGAUGUGGACCUUAUUCUGGAAGCUUCUGAGGCUGGGCAGCCUCCUGGGCUAGAGACCUAUGGCUUCCCCUCAGUGACCCUCAUCUCCCGCCAGCAGCCAGGGGCCACCAGGCUGGAGGGAAAUCGUUUUGUAGAGCCUGAUGGGAACCCACAGCCUCCCAUAAAUGGAGAACUGCCGCUGAGGGCAGAGGGAACCACGUUGGCAGGCCGUGGCUCUGCGGCGAGUGGAGUCUUCUGGCCCUCUGGCUCUCCCUUUGCCUCUCACUUGUAAAUAUCCCUCCUUGUUCGCCCUCUCCCCCUCUCAAUGAUGGCUGCUUACGAAAAAAAAAAAAAGUACAACUAAAACUCCACGGCAGGCUGGCCAGCCACCCCUGGUUCCGAUGUGCUCUCUCCAUGGCUGUAACCAAUGAGUGCUUCCAGGUCUUGUUUUGACCUGGCCCUCUUCAGCUGUGCUCUCAUCCUGGGUCCUCCCUGUCAAAUCCAAAUAUGUAGAACAGAAACCUGGAGAUUUUCUUAGGAGACAGUAAAGGGAGUGGGGAGCUGACAGGGUUAGUGAGUGUACAGUGAGCAGGGAGACGGGCACGGAAGAGAGCUGCCAAAGACAUGGGGGUACCUCCCCUACGAUUCAUGGAUAGGAUAUAAAAUUGUUCUGUGUCCCAUUCAUCUUGACCUAUGCCAUGCAAAAGUGCUUCCUGUUCAAAUAUGCUUUGGAAGACAGUGCAUGUCAUGCCCCUUUCUUAGAGUCACGGGGUCAUGUUAGUGUCUAAAGAGAAUUAGGUCCUUUUAACUUAAUUUCUGCAACAGUUAUACUUAGCUGUCUGAUGAUAGGUUUCUGUUUGCUUUUUGUGGAAUACUUAUAAAUAUCUCCAGAACUUAGGAUGGUUUUCUCCCAGGGGACUCAUCUUCACACCAUGGAGUGCUACCCAGUGACAUCACAAGAUGCCACCCUCCUUGGAAGCCCAUCAGAAGCCAACCUGGGGUGAAGUACCAGAGGUGACUGGUGAUUCCAUCGUCUAGGAGAGACUGCUUACAUUUUGCUGCCCGCCCUACUCCUCUGGAGAAGCCUGCCUCAGCCACAUGAAGUGGGGCAGGGAGAGAGAGACCCUUGUAUGUGCCCCAUACCACACAACCUCAAGCACCAAUGAAAUUUCUGCGCUCAGCAAGACAGGACUCUCAGGUUCUGCAAAGUGCACGCUGGGAAGUCUGUGGUUCUGUGGGCUCCCCCUAACUCGAUGUUACCUCUGUGUGGUUUUACAUUGUUUGCCUCCUGCCGCAGCCUGGGCCUCUCUUCUCAUCCCAAUCCUGUUUCUGGGAGUGGUAGACAAUCCAAGAACAGGGGUAUGUGUAUUGUGGGUAUUUCAUUUUAGGGAGUAUUGUAGCUAUCUGGGACUCAGGUGCCCCCAACAGGUCAUUGAUCCUUCUGCCUAUCACUUCAUGACCUUUCUUACCUUAUGCUUUCUUAAGUGCAGUUGAGGGACUACAGAGUGCCUCCUGCCCCACUCCUAACACAGAAAUUCAACCUCAGGGGAGAAGGUAAGAAGCAGGGGAGAUCCAAGACUCAGUAAUAGGUGAUAAUUGCUCCUGGGAACCCCCAACAUCAUUUUUUUGGAGAAGACUGAGUCUGGAUCCUGAAGUGCGGUGGAGGUCCAUUCUCUGCCUGAAUGCUGUUGUGAUCCUUAGCAGACUCCUCUCUCCAAGAACUUCACCUUUAAAGCAAGCUGAAAAGGUCCUUCUCUAAGUUUGCUAGUUACCUUUCUAUAGCUUAGCUUCUUUGCUGUCUCCCCCUGUCCCCAGUGCCCAGGGAAAAUUCUGGCGUAGGUCAACAAGUAGGGUGGAGGGAUGAGCGAGAGGCCAUGCAUGGAGCUCCAAGCAUUUCUAAGUCCCAUGUGCCUCACCGAGUAGCCCUUGGACUUUCAAAGACUCAAAAGAAGAAAAAGCAUACUUUAUCAUUUCUGUAGGAUCCUCUCAUUGGGUCAGUUCCAGAGUAGGCAUUCACUAAAUAAUGGCUCAUUUAUUUAUCAGUUGUUUCAGGGUGCCUUAGCUCUUUAUGUCCCCAGGGCUGAUCAAGAGCCCUUGAUGGUUUUCUGAGAUUUGGUGGUUCUCUAAGAUUACACAGGGAUGACAAAAUUGGUAUUAUUUUGGGGAGUCUUGACUUCUAGAAAGUCAUCCUAGAUUUUGUCCUCUCUACCACCACCACUAUGGGAUCAUGGGUCCCUUUGGAGUUCAGGAACCAGCCUAGAUUGGCCAUAUGUUGGUGGAUGGGAAAUACAGGAAUUGUUCUUAAAGAUGUCUUCUAUGAAAGUGUAGCACUGUUGUCACCUUAUUGUCUGCUUCUAAAGAUCUGGACAUUGGCCACAGCUGUCCUUUCUAGUUAAAGAAGAGGCAAGGGAGACAGGAGUUGAAGUUGUCCUCUAUGAACUAUUAUUCAGGACGUCUAGCCAAAAGUGGUGGUGCAUGCCUCUAAUUCCAGCAUGUGGGAUGUGGAGACAGAAAGAUGGAGAGUUGAAGUCAUCCUCAGCUACAUAGUGAGUUUGAGGCUAGCCUAGGCUACAUGAGACUCUGUCUCAACAUACAAACCCCAAAAACCAGCUCAUAUACAUUUAUCCCAAAUAAGAUUGAGUAGUAAAGUUUCUUUGGGUUUUGUUUGUGGCUGAAUUUAUAGUAAGUCAGUAUGUUAUUCCUUUGGUUCUGUCCUUUGUGAUCAGUCAAAGACCAUGUGUCUUCUCCUAAGCAAAUUUCCAGGUCUCUGUUCUACAUGUUUGGAUUUGACAGGAAAAACCAUGUGUCCUAGACUCAUCACAAGAUGGGAAAUUGAAGUGUUCGGAGUAUGUAAGUUGUCUGUUGUUGUCAUUAACAAAAUCUUCCCAAAUAGUGUCCAUGGGAAAGAAUCCACUCUUGGGGCUAAGAUGGUGGUGGUAGAAAUGUUAGGACUUGGCAUGUACUGCCUUGGACUCUGUGUGCUAUGCCAUUAGCUAGUGCCAACUGCGAUCUUCUCUUAGACUGAGGAGAACUUUAUGUGGACCGUGGCUUGCUAACCAUCUCAUCAAAAUGAAAAACCAAAACCAAAUGUACAGCUAUAAAUGGAAGAGUAUGAAUUAGCAGGGCUCCUUGCUAGUCCUCAUCCUUCCUCUUUACCACCUCUCCCACCCACUUCUUUGGGCUCCCUUUCCCAGGAAGAGUAAAUGGAGUAAUGGAGGAGAAGAGAGAAGAGCUGGCGACAGGCAGAAGGUCUGGGGGGGCCAGGAUGAAAGGAGGUAGUAGGAACCCUGACCUUCCUAGCACCAAUCCCUUAACUACCUCUUCUCUGGGUUACCAAGUUCUCCUACCUAUGACCCAUCACCUCUAAAUCCCUUCUGACUUCCAGUCCCAUGCCCUCCCCAGCCAUGUGAAAUAUAAAAAUUAUCAAGAUGUAAAUAUUCGGAUUUUUCUGUACAAUAAAGCACCGACGAAGUA